AUGAAAAACAGUAAUGACCCGUCCUUUUUCAAAUCAUCCGCAUUAUGGGGCGAGAAAAAUAAAACACCCAAACCAACCGAGGAGGACAAAGAGAGAAAAAAGAAAGUUGUUGAGGAAAUUAAGCGAGUAGUAAAAGAGGGAGACAAGCCGAGCGAUGUAAAGAGGAAAGUUAUUGAUUUUAAAAAUAGUAUUGGAUUAACCCAAAGCCAAAAAUUAUAUAAUUUUGCUUGUGAGUUAUGCGAACAAUACCGCAGGCAAGAACGCCGAAACUUCCACCGAUUAGAUGGAUUGGCGUUAGACCCCAACAAAUUAUAUAUUAUUUGUGAUACUUGUAUUGAAACGGGCAGAGCGAACAUUGUUAAAGAAAGAGACACCGAAUACGACCCGAUAAAGUGA